AUGGUCGCGAACGCUUUAUUUCAACCGACGACGUUACUGAGAUUGGUGCUCUUGUACUUGCAACAGCGCGACGACGACGAUGAUUCUGAGAAUAACGACGAUCAAACAGUCACGAAAGCUUUGGUUUCCGUGCUGAGCUCAAACUUUGCGUUUGUUCGAUUUACGAACAUAUUCUGGGCGUAUUUGGCAGCCACGGCGACUGUGUUUUCGAGAUCGGUGGCGAAAACGAACGCGGUGGCGUCCGAGUGGAGCGUGUUAGACGGGUUGACGUUUGAUAUUGAGACCUUCGCGAGCAGAGGAACCGUAGCAUCUGGCAUCGGCGCGGGCCAAAUAUACGGUAUCGGGUACGAGGUGACAUCCUCGGCGGCGGCGGCGAUUAAUCAGGUAUUCGAAGAACUAAACUUCGAUUUUAGAAAGAAAAGAAGGCGAAGGAAAUUACUUGGCGUUAAUUUGAAAGAAGGCGCGUAUGCUGCGAGCGCAUCGAGAACGAUGAACGCGACAAAGUUUGCCUCCGUGAUUGAAAGAAAAAAGAGAGAAACAAGUACGAACAGUAGAAAAUUGCUCUUUGAUGAUGAUAUUGUUGCAGAAGGAGAUGACGAAGAUGAUGCCGAACGGACAAUGAUGCACGCUUUAGCGCCGAUGUUUCUGAGCAAUUUACCCUUUAGCGUUCGAGACGAGUUUCUUCAGAGCUUGCAAUCAGUCAUAAUCGAUCCGUCCCUGGUUUUAAGUUUCGAGUUGAAUAUCGCGAGAGUCAACGUGUUGAUACCUGGAAAAGGUUACUCUGCUUUAGAGAACGCACAGUUAUUUCGCGCGGGUCAAAGAAAUGUAUGGUCUGGAUAUUUGCAGAGAAGACGGAGCGGCGUUGGAGCUUCGUUUUCUUCUGCAGUUGGCGCCUCUUAUUCUCCCGGUGAUAAGCUAGCGUUUGACAUUCAAGACACGACAGAGAAACUGAAAGCGGCGACAAGUAUAAUCGAUCAACUCAAUGCCGACAGAGUCGCUAAAGCGCAUUUUAGUAACACGUCAAAAGUAGAUGUAGAUCCUUUCAAUUUACCAGACGGAACUGUAUUGCCAGAUUCGGAGCCAAUCGGCGUGGCUAGCCUGACUUACGCGAUAGCGAUUUCAAUCAAUUUCGGUCAACGAGUCGGUGUUCUAGCGUAA